AUGUUCCCCCUUCCCGUCCCACCUGAGGUGCGCCGGGAAAAAACUUUGGGGAGACGGGUGGCGCAGCGGGUGGCCAGACAUAUCCAGCAGACAACCAAGGAGCGCGAGGCCUUGAAGGCUCUCAACUGGAUGGCUGGCUACAAGGAAGAAUUUAAGAAUUCACAGUUUUCACCAGAUGCUCUUCAGUCGGAGGUGAUUGGGAGAGUUCGUUAUCUUGCUGGGCUAUGCCAAGACAAAGGUGAAUUGGCAGAGAUCCCUAAACCGGAGGCAGCCCUUAAGGCGUUGCUCCGUGGCCGGUCAGAAUACUAUUCUGACGAGCCGACUACGUUGGCGGCCUGCUCACUUGCGCGCAUCUCGCUUCCUGAGUCUCUUCACGACGCACCGGCGGUGGAGAGUGUCUUGGAUGACGAGGCCCGGCAUUACCUGCAGAGCCCCGAGCAUAUGUUAAAACCAGGCUGCGAAACGGGCCUGGGGGAGUUUCAACCGUACUGGGAUCCACUCUUGAGGAGGGACGCCAAGCUCUACAAGAAGUUCAUCCAGAAGCUGAACCAAGCCGGGUACUUGGUGUUCACGCAGAACCCCAAAAGCUUCUGUGGAGUGUUUUUCGUCAGGAAGAGCGACGGUCGCAAAAUUAGAAUGAUCAUUGACGCCAGGGGUACCAACUCCAUGUUUCGACCUCCCCCUGGCGUUGAUUUACUUACUUCAGAUGGUUUUUCGAGGAUUGAGCUCAACAUCCCAAGCCAUUUCGUCCCAGGCAGUGCCGACUACGACGACUACCUUGACCGACACCGUAUUAGCAUAGGGCUCAGUGAUGUAAAAGAUUGUUUUCAUCGGCUCCGGCAACCUAGGUGGCUUUGUGAUUAUUUUUGCUUGGAUGGGGUCCUCAUGACCAAAGUACCAUCCUUGCAAAAGUCCACCUUGGUCCAUGACAGGUCCAGCGCCAUCGUCUUUGGAGAGGGCCAGUCCGUGGAAAACGAGGCAGGCGAGCCGCGCCCUGUGCACCAUUAUGUCUACGUUGACAAUCUAGGGGUCCUCAGCGUUAACCAUGAUACAGUGGAGACGGCCUUGCGAGAAGUAGAGGAUGUCUUCGGUUCUCACAAGCUGAUCCUGCAUCCAGGCUUGGUGUCGAGCGGCGCUACGAAGGCACUGGGCUGUGCUCUCAGAGGAGACCUUCUGGCUAGUCGGGUCACGUCAGACAGGUAUCACAAACUACGUCAAGCCAUCCAAGGAGUACUUGAACGUAAGCGGGUUUCUGGACGCAUUCUUGAAGUGCUGGUAGGCCAUGCUACGUUUGUUGCCUUGAUGAACCGCCACGUCCUCAGUGUCUUCAACACGGUUUACCGUUAUAUUAACGCCCACUACCACAAACCAGCGCCAUUGUGGACCACAGUGAGAGAGGAGCUUUCUGUUUUCAGGGGGCUCAUGAUCUUCUUGCAUGCGGACUGGGCACGACCUUGGAACACCUACGUGACUGCCACAGAUUCUUCUUUGGAAGGUUUCGGGGUGGUUUCAAGUCAUUGGCAGCAGCAUGAGGUUGCCAGUGCCGGCCGAAAUCUUGAGCGGGCCCGCUUCAGAAAGCAAGGGAGUCAUUCAGCGCGCACCUCAGCGCUCACAGCAGCGGGUUUUGUUCAUGAUGAAGCUACAGAUCAGUGGAAGGCCGGCUGGCUGGACAGCCCCAGUUACCUGGAGCACACAGGCUGGGCAUUGGCUCAGGAGUUCAAGGAAAUUCCUGGAUAUCUCUUGCAGGCUGAUCGCUGGACACCCCGGCUUUGGGGAAAAUGGCAGCACUCUGCUGGGAUCCUGGAGCUCGAAGCACGGGCCUUGGUGAAGGGGCUCAAGCGUAUUGCCAUGAGCACUUUCGGGCAUGAUGUGCGGCAGCUCUUGCUCACAGACAACAUGAGUGUUUGCCUCUCCUUUGACCGAUCUCGCGCUCGCAGCUUCAGCCUCCUGGUGCAAAUCCGGAAAUUUGCUGCAUAUUGUUUGGCACGCAACAUCUACUGUGUGGUUAGGUGGGUUCCAUCCGAGCUCAACAGCGCGGACAAGCCAAGUAGGCUCCACUCAGAAGAAGCUAGCAAGGAUCUCGCGCAUGCCAUCCCCCAUGUCCGCUGGACCCCGCCGGGAAGCAGUUCUCAAGCCUCCAGUGGCAAAGAGUGUCAAGCCAAGGCCCAAGUCCAGGAUGCUGGAGCGACCGCAGCCUUCAACUGCUUCGACGGCGAGGGCGUCGACCCUUGCAAAAACUGGUCCGGCCGAAGCACUGAUCACACCGCGGAAAGCGGACACGUUCAGCCUGUUGACGGUGCCCCUGGAAAGCGAGAAAGUCAAAGCAAAGAAACGCAGCAGAGAGGAGAGUUCAAAUGCCUCGACCAGUCCGAGCAGAAGAGAGCAAGGCGCCGAGCGAAAGCCAUGGUGGAUCACCACUUGGACGGAGUGUCGCAUCUGGAACAGCAAGCUGUUGGAGAAGCGACCUCCAAGCAGUACCAGAAGGAGCUUCAGUCCUUCCUCAGCUUUGCAAAGCCCCGGGGAUUGGUGAUGACCAAUGCCAAGAUAGUGGACGGGCUUCUCGUGGACUACAUGAACCGGAUGUAUCUGGACGGCCAUCAGAGCUACCGACGCCGAGCCGACAGGUUGAUGGCUGCCAUUCUCCACCGCUUCCCACAAUUUGGCCGGUUGGGGGACCAGAAAUUACCGCGGGCCUGGCGAGCGCUCAAGGGCUACAGACGGCUGACGCCGGGGAAGUCCCGGUUGGCCUACCCCUUAGCCUUGUGGGCAGCCUUUGCGGUGGAGCUGAAGCGCUUAGGAUGCCUGAGGAUGGCUCUUUUCAUGCUCCUUGCUGUGAGCACCUACGCCAGGCCGUCGGAGCUCCUUCGGGCAAAAGUGGUCAGUCUGGUGCGGCCCGCGCGAGGGAUCACGAGCAGCUGGUCGUUACUGCUGGCGCCGGAGGAGGAGGAGAUAGCCACGAAAACGGGGGAUUACGAUGUCGCGAUCCCUCUGGACAGCCCGUGGUUGAAAGGCUGGAGCCACGCGUUAUUCGACUGUCUGAAGCAAUCCCACCCAACAGCACCCCUCUGGGAUUUCAACUACCAAGAGUACCAGCUCAUGAUGAAGCAAAUCUCGGACAUGUUUGGUGUGGAUGUGACGCCGUAUCAGACCCGGCACUCGGGUCCCUCCAUCGACCGCGCUCGGCAAUACCGCAGCCUCUUGGAGGUGCAGAAGCGCGGGCAGUGGAAAGCGCACAAAAGCGUGGCGCGCUACGAAAAGAGCGCCAGGCCCGGGCAGUAUGUGAUGGAUCUUUUCUCCGGCCAAGGAGGAGUCGGUCGUGCAGUGCGACAUUUUGGCUUCAACGCCAAAUUUUGGGAUAUCCGUUUUGGGGCAGAUCAUGAUUUGACCAACAAGGGUGUGCUUCAGAAAAUCCUUCGUGAGAUCCGGCAAGGUCGAGUGUUAGCAUGCAUGCUUGCUCCAGUUUGCGCCAGCUUCGGACGGGGUUGUGACCGCACAAAGGCGAUCAGGACACGCGCAGAACCCUGGGGCAUCAGUGCAAACAAGCUCACCGCUGCCGAACGUGACAGCAUCCUCCUAGGCAAUCGUUGCUUUGUCUCAUGUUUCCGCAUCAUGCGCGAGCUAGACAAGUUCAAGAUACCUUACAUCCUUGAGAAUCCUGCAUACUCCAAGGCGUGGUGGCUCCCAGCACUUCAGCGGCACCAGUCCCGGCCUUGGGUUCGCUUCGUGCAGGGUGACUUUUGCCAGUUUGGUUCCUCUUGGCAGAAAACCACGACAUUUCUGUGUGCGCAUAUUCCUGAAGAUGAUUUGCACCGGCUGGCGUGCACCUGCCAGGGGCCACCAGGAAUCUGCA